AUGGCUCACCCGGGGAGAAGAGGCUACGAUAACCGGGAGAUAGUGCUGAAGUACAUCCACUAUAAACUCUCGCAGAGAGGAUACGACUGGGCUGCCGCCGAGGACAGGGCACCCCUGCCUCCGCAUCUCUCUCCUCCUGCUGCUGCUGCUGCGGUCGCUGCUGCUGCUGGGACUUCCUCUGAUCACACUGGGCUGGUGUCUCCGCACCCCGAGCCCCCCGGCUCGGCUGCUGCUAGCCACGCGCCCCCCCCUGAGGGGUUGCGCCCCCCGCCCCAGGUUGUCCACCUCGUUAACUGGGGCAGGAUCGUGGCCUUCUUCGAGUUUGGCGGCGUGAUGUGCGUGGAGAGCGUCAACCGGGAGAUGUCUCCCCUCGUGGACAGCAUCGCCGCCUGGAUGACCGAGUACCUGAACCGGCACCUGCACAACUGGAUCCAGGACAACGGAGGCUGGGAUGCCUUCGUGGAGUUGUAUGGCAACAGUAUGAGGCCUUUGUUCGAUUUCUCCUGGAUCUCUCUGAAGACUAUCCUGAGUCUGGUUCUGGUGGGAGCUUGCAUCACUCUUGGCGCUUAUCUGGGACAUAAGUAGAGUCACCCAGUUUAUCGUGGAUUACAAAAGUCUUUCAAAACAACAAAAUAAUAUUUUUUUUUCUGUAGCACAAUGAUAUUUUAUGAGCAAAACAACUUCCCAGCUAAAGAUUAAAUCAGCUAUUACUGCCAAAGGAAAUAUCAUUUAUUUUUACAUUGCAGGAAAAUUAUUUAUUAAAAGAUAUUUACAUUUUAACCUGCUAUUUUCAGAAACUCUGCAAGUUGUAUCUGUCAUCAUGUCAUGUUGUUAUUCUCAACUUUAAUGAGCCUCAAAGUCUUUUAGGUUCUUUUUUUUAAUUAAUGCAGCUGGCUGGAUUAUUUUAUCACUGAAGAGCAAAUAUACUAACAAAGACCUACCUGCUUACACUCAUGAGGGCAGUUACUUAAGCUGCUAAAGGCUGCGUAAUUGUCUUGAUUUUCCUUGCAUUUUCCGGGUGGCUGGGAGGGAUCUGAAAGACAAGGUCAGCAUGAAAGAAGAUCUCACCCUGUCCUGCUGGCAAGAACUGACAGAGUGAUGGAUUCACCGUGGUACAUACCUGGAGUCA